UAUUAACAAAAUAUGGAUUCAUCAAGCAAAUUGUUCCAAAUUUCUAGAGAGUUAUCAGUAGGACAUUCUUCAAGAAUUUAUGAUUAUAGAAGAGGUGAAGGGGUUCCAUUUGAAUGGGAAAAGCAGCCUGGAACCCCUAAAAUUAAUCCAACAAAAGAAGAUGUCAAUAUACCGCUUAGCCCUCCACCUUCAUUUCAAAGCAUAGGGCUUACUAAACCUUGUUUUGAUGAUCAUGAUGAAUCAAAACAUUUCAAGGUUUGGCUUACAAACAAGAUGAAGAAAUUGCAUUCAUCAAAAAGAUUUGUGAAAUCGCGUGAUGGAGACGAUUCGUUUAACAACUCUAGUUCAUCUUCAUUUGAUUCAAACACUAAAGAGAGGGAUAAAUUUUCAAGGGAUUUAAUGGAGGAUUCAUAUUGUUGCAAUCUCACAUCAAUGGAUAAAGAGGAGGGCUAUAGAAAAAUGCACAAGAGAGAAGAAAUUGGUGAAAGAUUAUUUGUUGAGAGAAUAGUUUCAAGAAUGUCAUCAGUAGACCAAUCUUACUAUAGAAGCACAGUAGAAGGAAUUCCCUUCAAAUGGGAAAUGCAGCCAGGUACUCCUAUGGCUAUACAUACACCACAAAAUGAAGUCAUUCCACCACCUAGCCCUCCACCAAUGAUACAAAGUUUGGCAUUCCCUAAACCUUGUAUUCCUCAUCAUGAUCAAGACAAUACACCUUCUAAUACUUGGGAGAAAAUCAAGAGAAUGAUCAAAAGUAGUCAUCAAGUAAGGCGCCGCAAUUCAGUUAUAUCUUCUUCUAUCUUGAAAAAGAAAGUGCUACCCUUGUCUAAACUUACAAAAGACGUCUUGGGGAGGAAAUUUUGCUUCAAUCCAUGGAAGAUUAAAGCAAAUCUUGCGUCUUCAAGACGCAUAUGAAUUACAUUAUAGACUUCUUACUAAAGAGUUAUGCGCACAUAUAUAAGCCAACAAUAGUAUGAAUGGGACAAAAACGUGAUGAAAAGUUAUA